CAAAUAUACGUUCUUCUUUCAAUCGUAAAAUAAGAGCAAAACUCUAUCAACAUGUUUAACAUUAUUUUUGUAUUAAGCAUUGGAGCUUAUAUAUCAUUAACAUUGGCUAGUGAUUAUGGAGGUCAUGAACAUCAUAGCUAUGAAGAAAAAACUCAUACCGUUGAAAUCCCAGUCUACAAGAAAUACGCGAUUCCAAUUCCUCAUCCUAUACCAGUUAAAGUUCCACAAGAGAUUAAAAUACCCAUUCCGCAACCAUACCAUGUGCAGGUGAAAAUUCCACAUCCGCAGCCUGUGGAGGUUAUUAAACAUGUUGAAAUUCCAGUUGAAAAGCCCGAGCCAUAUGUUGUUGAAAAACAGGUACCUUUCGUGGUGGAGAAGCCAUAUCCUGUUUACGUGGAGAAAAAGUUUCCCGUCCCAGUGGCUAAACCAUAUCCAGUUCAUGUUCCCAUCUACAAACACGUUAUUAUCCAUAGCACCAAAGGCAAGGGCUGGCACUAGUUUUGACAUUUA